CCUCCCGUUUACUCCACGUCCCAUCUCGCUCAAAAAUACAUGCAUCAUCUUCGUUCUCUCCCUGUCAUACUUCUUACAUUCCAGCACUACAUGCUGCACAGUCUCGUCCACACCCCUAUCACACAUCUGGCACACUUUGCUGCGGGACUCAGACCAUCUAUAGUUCCUUGCAUUCACAUCCAGACACUGCGCUCUAGCACGGAAAAGAUCACCUCCCAGGCUUCCCUCAUACCACACCUCACACUUUGGGGCCUCUUUCUCCCUAUACCAGUCGAGAGUUUCCUUUCUUUCCAUCUCAUUCUUCCACUUGCUCAAUCCCUCAUCUUUAACUGCCAUAUCUAUCACAUUCUUCCACUUUCUUACAUCCCACUCAAACCCCUCUCCAUUUCUGUUUGUUAUUCUCCAUUCAAACACAUUCUGUCUAUCUUCAAAGGGUCGGUACACCCACCUACUUAGCAUAACAUUCCUGUCUAUCAUUCGCCCACAUUUAUUCGCCCAUUUGCCAUCUCUUAUACUCCACAAGUAUACUUUCCUUGCUAAUCUUGCAUCCUCCAUUUGUUCCAGUCUCACCCACCCUUACCGGUGACCAUCAUCAGCAAUAACAACAUGAUGGAUAUAAAGUUUAGCAUGCAGGCAGUGGCAGAAGUGCUGUGGCCUGAAACAUGGCAAGGACGGGCUUGUACCUUGGCAGCUGGAGUGUUUGCACUAAUUGUGACAAAGAAGGUACUUAAAGGUGCCAAGGCACGACGACUUAGGAAGGAGUGGGACAGUGUGGGACAGGAUGUGGUGCUUCUUCACCAGUUUCAAAGAGGCAAAUUUUGUCCUAACCUCAGUCCCUUUGCCCUGAAGGUGGAGGUCUUCCUCCGGCUGGCCAAUAUUCAAUACAAGGUAGAUGAGAAAUCCCCAUUUGGGCCAAAAAGAAAGUGUCCAUGGAUCACCAUCAAUGGGGAGGAUAUUGCUGAUUCUGAGUUUAUACUAGAGGACCUGACGCAGCGCUUCAAUGUUCAGAUGGAUAGCCAGCUGGAGGAUCGUGAGGCAGCAGUCUUAGAGGCUGCCAGGGUAUUAGCAGAUGAACAUCUUUUCUGGUGUGUCAUCAUUUGGCGAUACUGGCUAGAUGGGUGCAUCACAUUUCUUAAGACCCAAACGUACAGCAAGGUGAUGAAUUGGAUAUUCACACUGUUUAUGAAAAAUGGAAUAAGGAAGCGUGCCAAGGAGCAAGGCAUGGGACGUCACUCCCCAGAAGAUAUAUAUCAGAUUUGUAAGAAAGAUUGUGCCACCCUGGCUGGCAUCUUGGGUAACAAGUUGUUUUUUGGAGGAGAGGAACCAUGCCGAGCAGACUGUGCAGUGUUUGGUCAGUUGUCGCAGCUCAUGUGGAAUGCUCCGAAUACCAGAUAUGAAGCCCUGGUCACUGAAGUGUAUCCAAAUCUAUCCAGCUAUUGUCUCAGGAUGAAGGAGAAGGUUUUUCCUGACUGGAAUGAUCUGCUUGUGGGUUCUGAAUGAACUAAAGAAGCAUGCAGGCUACACAGGGACUAACCAAACUUUAAUUGUGAAAAAUAUUUAUAUUUUGCACUCUGAAGUGUGAAGUGAGCGUGAAAGCAGAAUAAUUUUUUAACAUGAAAACCAGUAUGAUUGAUAAAUCUUGUAUAACUUUUAGUAAUGAUACAGUUUGCAUUAGCUAUAUUGUAAUAAUUAUUGUAUAUGAUUUGGAUUGAAAAAAUAACUAAAUUUUUCUUUCUAUCCCUGAGACAUAGUACUGUACUCCAUCAUAUGUGGCAACUACAUGGUGUAUAUAUUAUCUUUAUUACAUAUGUUUGAAUUGGAAA